AGCAGCUGCUGCAUUAGAGAAUACGAAUUCAUCGAAUGCAUCUGCACCUAGUAGAGGAGACAACCUCUCCACCUCUUCAGGACAAGCAUCUCCAGGAAAGUCUCCUGCUUCUGUUGGGCAUUUAGUGAUGAAAUUGCGGUGCGUGGAUCCAGAAGGGGCGCCGGUCGAGGGUGUCAAAAUCGAAAGAGCGAAUUACUUUGGUUUAAUUUUAACAUCGUGG